AUGGCGGAAAUCCGUCGAAAGCUUGUCAUUGUAGGCGAUGGUGCCUGCGGUAAGACGUGCUUGUUGAUUGUUUUCUCCAAGGGCACAUUCCCAGAGGUCUAUGUCCCCACUGUCUUCGAGAACUACGUUGCCGAUGUCGAGGUCGAUGGAAAGCAUGUCGAGCUGGCUCUAUGGGAUACGGCUGGCCAAGAAGAUUACGACCGUCUCAGGCCUCUCUCGUACCCCGAUUCGCAUGUUAUCCUGAUCUGCUUUGCUGUUGAUUCCCCCGACUCGCUCGAUAACGUCCAGGAGAAGUGGAUCUCCGAAGUUCUUCACUUCUGCAACGGUCUCCCCAUCAUCCUCGUCGGUUGCAAGAAGGACCUGCGUUACGACCAGAAGACCAUCGAGGAGCUUCACAAGACCAGCCAGAAGCCCGUUACUCCCGAGCAGGGUGAGGAGGUUUGCAAGAAGAUUGGCGCUCACAAGUACCUCGAGUGUUCAGCAAAGACCAACGAGGGUGUCCGUGAGGUUUUCGAGCAUGCCACACGUGCAGCUCUCAUGACCAAGAAG